AAAUAGUGAAAAACCGGGUUGAAAAAAUGACAAAUGAUUUUUCACGAUUUUUACCGUAUUUUGACUAUAAAAUAGGUAAAAAUUGACCUAUAGGGAAAACUUUUUUUACAAAAAUGUCCACCAUGAAAAGCUCUACAAAACCAAGUAUGAAAAAAAAAAUUCAAGACUUUUGUGUUUUUGUGGUUGACUACCCAUGGAAGGACCCAUUUAUAUUAGACCUGACAAUCCUCAAUCAGUUGAUAACGUAACAAAGAAGUAUAUUCUCAUUUGUGAUUGUUGUAGGUGAUUGUAACUAUGAGAAUUGUUAUAAUCGGAUCAGGACCCUGCGGGCUAGGUGCUGCAUGGCGUGCGCAAGAAGUAGUUCGCCAGGGGUACCAAAAUUUAGAAUGGAAAGUUGUAGAACAAGAGCAAAAUCCUGGAGGUUUAGCGAAAACAAUUGUGGAUGAGCAAGGUUUCCUGUGGGACAUUGGAGCUCAUGUGAUUUUUUCACACUACGCAUAUUUCACGUCGUUGCUGGAUAUAGCCCUUCCAUCUGAAGAAUGGAGCAUAAAAAAACGAGAGGCGUGGGUUUGGAUGCGAAACACUUGUAUUCCGUAUCCGCUACAGCAAAACCUUUAUCGCUUGCCUAACGACGAAAUAAUACGCUGUAUCGAUGGAUUGCUCGAAGUCGAAAAAAAGCGUUUGACAUUUAAUAAGCCAAGGACGUUUCGCGAUUGGCUUGAACAAUCAUUUGGAACAGGUUUAUGCGAAACGUUCAUGUUUCCCUAUAAUUUCAAAGUUUGGGCUUGUCCUCCGGAAAAAAUGAACGUUGAGUGGAUGGGAGAACGUGUGGCUACUGUGGACGUUUCAAAAGUAAUUGCAAAUGUUAUUUUGAAGAAUGAUGAUGGCGGUUGGGGGCCAAACAGCACAUUUCGGUAUCCAAAACAUGGAGGAACCGGUGCUAUCUGGACAGGACUAUACAACAAGUUACCAGCAAAAAAUUUUCAUUUUUUAAAAAGUGUCACGUCAAUAGAUGUAGCAAAGAAAGAAAUAGCUUAUUCUGAUGGUAGUAAUGAGCGCUACGAUGCCAUCAUAUCGACUAUGCCGUUAAAUCGCUUGUGUUGUAUUGUCAAAGGAACGUCUUUGUCCCCUGAUAUAAUUCAGAAAAAAGCUUCUCAAUUUCGUUAUUCAUCAAGCCAUAUUGUUGGAUUCGGAAUAAACGGACAGCCACCAUUGCUGCUGCAAGACAAAACAUGGCUUUAUUUCCCUGAAGAUGAUUGUCCAUUCUAUCGAGUCAGUGUCUUCUCUAACUUUGCUUCAGAAAACGUUCCUCGACCCGGAGAGCAAUGGUCAUUGAUGUGUGAAAUAGCAGAGUCGUUAGACAAGCCUGUUGAACACGACAAGGUUGUGGCUGCUGCUGAGCAAGGGUUGAAAAACACAAAAAUAAUUGAUGAUCGAACAGAAAUAAUUUCUCGGUUCCACAUACGCUUGGAACAUGGAUAUCCAACACCAUUCUGCGGACGCGAUUUGUUGUGUGAAGAAAUUUCCGAUGAAUUGGAACUUUUCCAAAUCUACUCGCGAGGCCGCUUUGGAAGUUGGAGGUACGAGAUAGCAAAUCAAGAUCAUUCGGUAAUGCAAGGGGUUGAAGCUAUUGAUCGUAUUUUGUUCGGUACGGAAGAGAUGACAAUCAAACAUUCCAAUAUUGUUAAUCAGAAUCGGGAUACAAAAGGUAGACAAGCAAUGUCAGUAUGA